AUGACUCGAAUGACGACUGCUGCAUCGCGUGCGACGCUCAGUGUGCGUCGCACGAGCCCCAGUGUCGGCGUAUCGUUCCGCCGUUCCCAAGCCUUCUCGGCCGUUCAGCUGGCGUUCGUGGCGCUGCUGGCGGUCGGCUUCACAGCCCGUAACGCGGCUGCUUCUAUCGUGUACAACAGUGCGGGCGUGCAUGCUUCUAACGGGGUUCCAGUGCGGAACCUCGGACGGUGGCGCGCGCAGGAAGGGGAGAUGACGGCAGGAGGACGCGGACUGAUCAGCAGCAGCAGCAGCAUCAGCAUCAGCGACAGCAGCAGCGGUGGCGGCAGUGGCGGCGGUAUUGGCAGCGGAGGGGAAGGCGGGGAGAUUCCCGAGUGGGCGCGGAGCGAGGUGUUGCGGUGGGAGGCCGCGCGCGCGCGCGAGCUCGGGCAGACGGAGGAGGAUGAAGCGGAGCGGGCGAAGCGGGCGGCGCACGCGGAGAUGGCGCGCGCGCUGUGGGAGGAGACGGAGGCGCAGUUCGAAGGGCGGCUGCAGGAGUGGCGCAGGCAAAGCGCGCGCCUGCAGGGGGUGGCGCAGCGGAAGUCGGAGAAGCGCGCCAGGCGCGCCAGGCACAAGUGGGCGCGCGCGCAGGGAAAACAGGCGCACGCACGGCCGGAGAGGAGCGGAAGUGGCGUUUUCGCGAGCGACACGUCGCCUCCGACUCCAUGGGAGGAGAAUCGGCCGGCGGGAGAGUCCCCAUGCAGCCCCAGGAGCACCGGACCGGUGAUCAACGUCACCACUCUGGACCACAUUCUAUCGCGCACGAAGUACCCGUGGAACCAGACCGUCACCCUGGUGCUGCAGGCGUCGAUUACUCUCGACCACUCGUUGGUGCUCGAUUCGAGCUUCUCAUGCACCAUCUUCCAGGCAGACACGCUCCCCAGCGAAUACGUUUUGGAGAUCACCACCGACACGGAGCCCGUUCUUCAGGUGCUAGAAUCGCUCUUUCUUUUCUCACUAGGCCCGCCUCCUCUGCCUCCUGCUGCUGCUGCUACACCUACCCUCCCCUGCAGGUCGUACGGCAUUCAGUUCACGCAGGCGUCAGUGGUGGGGCGGAUAGACGUGUUCCGCUGCGCAUACACGAAGCUGGACUCGCUCUUUGCCACGGCGCCCUGGGACUUCCAAUACCACCCGGGGGUCAUCCGCAUGGGCAUGAGCGGCAUCGGCGUCAACCUCACCUCCUCCGAGAAUAUAAUCUCCAAUAACGACCUCUUUGGCGCGUGGGAGCUCAUCUACCUCUAUCGGGGAACCAUUGGAGCUACUGUGAGGAACAACUUCCUCCACGACUACCUCUUCUCAGGCUUCAGGUGUGGAGCGGACGUGCAUUUCGCGUGGGACUGUGCGCUGACGACAGUGAAGCACAACUUUGUGUUCUCCCCGCAGAAGAAGAACCUCACAGGCGACUCUGCUGGCAUCUACUUCUGCACGCACUGGUUCAGCCCCGGGAACACGGUGAGCUGCAACUAUGUGAUCGGCGGGGACCACUGCUACUACCUGGACUACUGCACGUCAGGCGUGGAGAUUCAGGGGGGCGUGUGCCUGCAGCUGUGGGACGGUGUGAAGCUGAACAACGGCAAGAGGAACCACAUCCGCAGCCUGCUCAUGGUGGGGCUGGGCCAGAGCCCCGGCUACAUCACGUGCUUCACUGUCACGGUCAACCACUGUCGAAAGGACCCCGGGUCGUAUUGGGAGGCCAUGCGGAAGCUGUACUACGACACGCCUGAGAUCAACAAGGUAAGUCCUCAUGGUGGGGUUGGGACAAAGCCCGGUUCAGAGCUCCUCUCUACCCCUCUCGGCCCCUCUCCGCCCCUCUCCACCGCUCUCCACCCCUCUCCACCACUCUCCACCCCUCUCCACUUCUCUCCACCGCUCUUCAUCCCUCUCCUCCCCUCUUACACCCCUCUCCACCCCUCUCCUCCCCUCUCUCCCCUCUUCACCCCUCUGCACCCCUCUGCACACCUCUGCACACCUCUGCACACCUCUGCACCCCAUUCAACCCUCUGCACCCCUCUCCACCCCUCUGCACCCCUCGCCAAACCCCCACCCCUUCUCCGGAUUCAGGCCAAGAAAAGGUGGCGUGGCCGUCUUUCCUUUCCCCUCAGCCAUGGCCGUCUUUCCUUUCCCCUCAGCCAUGGCCAUCUUUCCUUUCCCCUCAGCCAUGGCAAGCCAUGGCAGCAGCACGGCCCCUCUGCCUCGCCGCCACCAUCCCAUCCCAUGGCACAUAUCCGACAGCCUCUGCCUCGCCGCCACCAUCCCAUCCCAUGGCACAUAUCCGACAGCCUCUGCCUCGCCGCCACCAUCCCAUCCCAUGGCACAUAUCCGACAGCCUCUGCCUCGCCGCCACCAUCCCAUCCCAUGGCACAUAUCCGACAGCCUCUGCCUCGCCGCCACCAUCCCAUCCCAUGGCACAUAUCCGACAGCCUCUGCCUCGCCGCCACCAUCCCAUCCCAUGGCACAUAUCCGACAGCCUCUGCCUCGCCGCCACCAUCCCAUCCCAUGGCACAUAUCCGACAGCCUCUGCCUCGCCCCCACCAUCCCAUCCCAUGGCACAUAUCCGACAGCCUCUGCCUCGCCGCCACCAUCCCAUCCCAUGGCACAUAUCCGACAGCCUCUGCCUCGCCGCCACCAUCCCAUCCCAUGGCACAUAUCCGACAGCCUCUGCCUCGCCGCCACCAUCCCAUCCCAUGGCACAUAUCCGACAGCCUCUGCCUCGCCGCCACCAUCCCAUCCCAUGGCACAUAUCCGACAGCCUCUGCCUCGCCGCCACCAUCCCAUCCCAUGGCACAUAUCCGACAGCCUCUGCCUCGCCGCCACCAUCCCAUCCCAUGGCACAUAUCCGACAGCCUCUGCCUCUCUGCAGCAAAGCCAGCCGCACUCACUCCUAAGCUAGUGUGGCCCUCCUCCCUUUCCUCUCCGCCAUCACAGCAGCACUCGCCUCGCCCCCUUCCGCGCCCCCAUCAUCCCGUCUCAGAUAUACGGUACGACAGCCGCUGCCUCUCUGCUGCUGAGUGCUGA